GUGUGGUGUACAGUAGGCUAAAUAACAGAAGUACUCCCGGGUGGAAUCAGUGUAAGAUUACACACUAUUGGCCACAGUAUGUCUGCCGCUGAAUGGAAGAAGCGAUGUGAGGCUGAGUGGGGUAUGCGGGGCUCGCUGAUGCCCGACAGCGUGGACUGGAAGUUCGUGUGUGAAGCCAAGCCGCUCGGGAGAAACUUACUGCGGAACCCUGCGCCUCACGGAUUGAGUAAGGACGCCCCUCCACCCGAACCUGAGCUGCCUGAAAUGCCAUCAGAUGGACCUCCACGUUUUCAACCUGAUGGCGACUUCAGUGGCUGGACCACGAGCACGGAAGUCCUCCCCUAUGAUACCAGUGGUAUCCCGCCAGGUGCUAUGAUCUGUGCUUUGCCUCAAUACAGCUGGUUCUCCAUGGAGCAGGUUGUGGACCUGAAGGCAGAGGGACUGUGGGAAGAGUUGCUGGAUGAUUUUCAGCCUGAAAUAGUCAUCCAAGACUGGUAUGAGGAGAGUCAGCUGCAUAAGUCCAUCUACCAGCUGCAUGUUAAGUUACUGGCUGCGGAUAAAAGCACUGUGAUCUCAGAGCACACUGUCAACCCCACCGAGGACCUCAGCACUUACUCACACACAUGGAAGGAGGUGUCACAUGUGUUCUCUGGCUAUGGACCUGGGGUGAGAUAUGUCAGCUUUCUGCACCGACUGAAGAACAAAUUCCUGAAUGAGUUCUUCCCCACCCUGUUCACCGGCAGCUCAGUGAUUGUCAAACCAACCAAAACCAGCUACUAGGCUGAAACCUACUGAAAACUGCAAUGCAGACAUAGUUGCUGACCUACUAAUUCUAAAUAACCCGUUUAACACAUUUUUGCUUUUAGACCAGUAAUUAUAGGUUUGAUUUGAAUGGACUAAAAAAGGAGCAUUAUAAAGUAUUCAGUCUUUUUAUUUACUUUUGUAUGCUGAUUUUUUGGGGUUGGUUUUAAAUUUGGUUUAAAUUUUGCAUUUGCUUUUGGAUAUGGAAAAUACCUACACUUUGUGCUUUAAUAAAAUCACUGUUGUAACAAAAA